CCUGGUCCGCACCAGCUUCCUAAUUUUGCCGUUGCUUUGACAUUGUUCCCAAUUCGCCGUGCGACGCAGUUACCACAUAUGUCACUUUUAAGUGGCAUCCCAAGGGCUGUUCUCGCCUUACAUUUGGCUAAUAAAUUGCUUAUUAUUCCGGCAACAAGACUGGCAUGUUAAUAAUAACCAGGGGGACUGAGUUCAAGGACAAACCAUUAAAAUAAUGACACGCACCGUACCUUUUUACACUACCAGUUCUUACCAUGUAUGGUCACUAUUAAUAAUUAAUUGAUAUACGGUUAAUAUUAAGUUAUACUAGGCUAACUGAUUAGUUAAUAAUAGAUGUAAAACGCAGUGUUUGCAAGGACUUUCAAACCAGAGAUGCUACAUAUUUAUACUUUUAAUAAUUAAUAACCGAAUUAUUAUGUGUUUUGUGCACUUUAUUUAAACACAGACUGUUUAAAUGAAAUUGCCUAAAUAUUCUACAGGAAGUCUUAAAAUAUGAAACAGAGAGACUUGUGGUGGGGUGAGGUACCAGGAAAGUGCCGCCCCCCCCUCUCUCCGUCCGCUUUCAAUGAUACUCGACAGACUAAUUACAAGCGCUUGUUUGCGUCAGGCAUCCGGCCGGCGGGAGUUGGCUUAGCUGGGGUGGAAACUACAGCACAACUUCCAUGCCACUGCAUCAGAUGCAGCCGAAGGGACAGCGGCUUUCCCGAGCUGCGAGGGAGGAAUACAUCGCCAAGAGAGGGAAAUCCGAGAGUAGCGCGUCAUUUCAAUAAUGAAGGAAACGGAUCUCAGAGCUCAGACGGGCUGAGAAGGAAAUAUAGUUUAUAGAAAAUACGAAAAUCUAUCUUUAAUUGUUGAAGCUGUAGGCUAUAGAUUUUAUAUUACAUAGACAGCUAAUGAGCGCACAAGACAUAUCCUGUGGGCAGCAAAUUAAACAGCAAACUCUAAAUGGAAGAUCUUUCCAUUUAAUCCAACUUCAUAAACCCAUCAGCGUGCACAGCGAUGGGCUCCGUCACAUCAGCGCUGACGAAAGCCAAGAGUUCCACUGUCAAGGUAUCAUCCGAGCUGCAGCACGACCGGGAGCGAAGCCGCUCGGUGCGAGGGAAGAGGAGCGCGGCUCGGGCUGCCGCGUUUCCCAGUCAGCCGCCACCUGGAGCACGAACCACGCCGGAUACCGUCUCGGCGCCCGCCGGUGGCAUCGCUGCAUUCGCCAACGAGGAUGGGGAGAGCGCCGCCCGGCCCCUGUCCCGCUUCGCCCGAUCGAAAUCCCAGAAUGCCCUGUGGAAUGCCAUCACAUCGGGGAUGGGCAUCAAGGACCGGGACCGGGACCAGGCGAACCGGGAGGCACCAGCAGACCCACGAAGUCCGGAGGAGAUCCUAGCGGAGGACCCGCCGACCGCUGACCGGCCGGACGUCACCGAGAAGACAGCUCUCAGGCGGAAAUACAAGAAGACAUCACAGAGACUGCGAUGCCUGGUGAAGCAGCUGGAGAGGGGAGAGGCCUCUGUUGUGGACCUGAAGAAGAACCUGGAGUAUGCAGCCUCAGUGCUGGAGUCUGUGUACAUCGAGGAGACCAGGCGGCUGGUGGACACGGAGGAUGAGCUCAGCGACAUCCAGUCAGACUCGGUACCAUCGGAGGUGCGGGACUGGCUGGCGUCCACUUUUACGCGGCAGAUGGGCCUGAUGCUGCGGCGGACAGAGGAGAAGCCUCGUUUCCGGAGCAUCGUUCAUGCCGUGCAGGCUGGGAUAUUCGUGGAGAGGAUGUACAGGCGGACCUCAAACAUGGUGGGCCUGAGUUACCCCCCCACCGUCAUAGCUGUCCUUAAGAACACUGACAAGUGGUCAUUCGACGUGUUCAGCCUGAACGAUGCCAGCGGAGAUCACUCUUUAAAAUUCAUAUUUUAUGACUUGCUCACAAGAUAUGACCUGAUCAACCGCUUUAAGAUCCCCAUCUCUGCCCUGGUGUCCUUCGUGGAGGCGCUGGAGGUGGGCUACAGCAAACACAAGAACCCGUACCACAACCUGAUACACGCCGCGGACGUGACUCAGACGGUGCACUACCUUCUGCUGAAGACGGGGAUGGUGCACUGGCUCACGGAGCUGGAGAUAUUCGCAAUGAUCUUUGCCGCGGCCAUCCAUGACUAUGAGCACACCGGGACCACCAACAACUUCCACAUACAGACCAGAUCAGACGCUGCCAUACUGUACAAUGACAGGGCGGUGCUCGAAAGCCACCAUGUAAGUGCAGCAUACCGCCUCCUACAGGACGACGACGAAAUGAACAUCCUGUACAACUUAUCGAAGGAUGACUGGAGAGAGCUGAGGGCCCUGGUGGUGGAGAUGGUCCUGGCCACAGACAUGUCCUGCCACUUCCAGCAGGUCAAAGCCAUGAAGAACUCCCUGCAACAACCCGAAGGGAUCGACAAGCCCAAGGCCUUAUCUCUGCUGCUGCACACUGCUGACAUCAGCCACCCAGCCAAAAACUGGGACCUGCAUCAUCGCUGGACCAUGUCCCUGCUGGAGGAGUUCUUCAGGCAGGGCGAUAAGGAGGCGGAGCUUGGACUGCCCUUCUCCCCGCUGUGUGACCGCAAGUCCACCAUGGUGGCCCAGUCCCAGAUUGGGUUCAUCGACUUUAUCGUGGUUCCCACGUUUACUGUGCUGACGGAUAUGGCAGAGAAUAUCGUCACGCCGCUCAUCGACGAGGCCUCGCACUCGGGUCUGGCAGGAUUCCGUCGCUCCAGUCUUAACAGCAUCAACUCCGCUGACGUGAAGCGCUACACUGCAAAGACCACUGGUUCUGACGGGGGCACGUCCCUAAACUGUUCCCUGCUCAGCGUCGACCUCAAGAUCUUCAAAUCCCUGUGGAGCGUCGAGGUGGCCCAGAACCGGGAGAAGUGGCAGGCGCAGGCGGCCAAAGACCUGGAGGAGAAGGCCAAGCGUGAAGCAGAGGAGGAGGCCAGGUGUGGGGUUGAAGAGGAAGUCAGACAUGAGACAGAGGAGGAAUCCCAGGCAACCCAGCCGGGCCCUGUUGAGCAGCCUGGGCUGGUGGACCAGAAACUCCAGAACCGGGAGCUGAACCGACCACUGGACAGAACUGCCAAGAGCCACAUGGACACCGACAACCCAGAUCAGAUGCAGCGGACAGAGAACGGAGAGAUUCAAGAGAAACCCAACUCUUCCACUCCAGAGGACAGAUCAAACGAUCCCGAGCCAGAGUGAGAGGGGAACUGGGUCCCUUCCCCCAGCAGGACAGAUCGCUCAUCUCCAAAACCCCCAAGUACUUCUCCCUCCCCGUCGCUCCUGCCACUCGGUAACCGAUGACUACAGGCAUUUAGAAAAGCCGCCAGAAUCGUCACGGCAACCCGCGAGAUGGAGACAGUUAAGACACCAAGGUGUGGAGUCUCUGUAGGACUCAGCAAUGCUGAGCGAUCGAUGGAAACAGACCCAGGCCCCCUGCUGUCAUUAUUAUUAUUUUUUUUAUUAUUUCAUUUGGUUGCUGUAACUUAUCAUUUCUGUUAUCAUUUAUUGCAGAUGAGUGACGUCUAUCACCAGUAGUAUUAUGCUUUUUUGUAGUAUAAAGUGAGUAAAAUGCUGGCUUUUGUUUUAAGAACUGCAACAUACCUGUUAAAUGAUGCCUUUUAUAUGUAACCCUAACCCCCCACCAAGGACGAGCAUCAAUACCGCUACAAGUUUUUUUUUUUCAUUUUUCAGAUUGUGAAUGGAGUGUUAACAACAGGCCAUGAAUUGCAAUCUGUUCAGUAACAAACAUCUAAAAAGUUCAAAGAAACCCAUUAUUUUAACAAGGAAUACUUGUGAUGUACAGUACAGCACUAUAAAGAGUGACACAUUUUAAAAUAUGAACACUUAAUUUAAAAAGUACUUAAAGUGCAUUUAUUACAAUGUACACACUAUAUUUUAUAAUUUGUGAAUGCACAUUUAUUUUAAAAAACAUUACAUAGUAUAUUCUGAAUAAUAAUGAUAAUAAUAAUUAUAAUAAUAAUAAUAAAUCCUAAUUAUAAAGUAUGAUAAUGGAUAUUUCUCCUAAUUCAGUAUAUUGUGUAUAUGUUGAUGUGUACUGAAAACGAUAUUCGAUAUUUUAGUACUUUCAGGCAUACAGUAUAUUUAUGUGUGGUGUCUGUGUGCCAGGUCACGAGGGUGUAUCACCCGAAAGCCCCCACUGCCCCCCUCCCCGUGGGCUGUUACACUCGGGUUUAGAUGGAUGCCUGUAACUAUACCAGCGCAUCGGCAUAAUUAUUUUAUUUCCUGCUUGGUCGUGACGUUCUAAUUGUUACAGGACAAAUCGUUUAUUUAAUUGGUUGUUGUGUGGUGCAGGACCGAUAAUUUAUGAUUUUCGUUAAAAAAUAUGACAUGAAUACUGUGAGCCUGUUUGCGGUAUCUGUGUUUGUUUGACGGGAAAUUACAGCUGGUUUCCGCUUUUUGAAUACCUGGAUAUAUGUGUAGUUUUGUUCUGUAUUUUUUUUUUUAAAAAUACGCUGUUUUUAAUGCAGCCAAUGCAAGAUCGUUGCUUUAUUAGUUCGGAAGAAUUAUGCGAUAAUUUUAUCAUUUGAAAGUUUUCUUUUUCUUAAGGUCACAUCAGGAGCUAACUAGAAAGUGAAUUGUCAAACUUUGAAGCUGAUCUUCAAUUAGCCAUAAUUAUUGAUAAAUUCUUAGCUAACCAGUCUGGUAUCGAAGGCAGUGUUAUGUUAUGGCUUACCCUACGUAGCUUUUCGGGAUUUCAUCUUCAGCACUUGGUAAAUAAAUGCAGGUUCGUUCAAUAUUAUUACUCUGCCUUAUUCCUGCUCUCUUACAGUUUUCUGGUGCACUGUGACAGUUCUUCAUCUGUCAUUCUCAAUAGGGCCUCAUCCCCGGAAAGUACACGGCUUGGAGCGCCAUCUGGUGGCCACGUGCGUUAACCACGUGCGUUUGUGUGCUUGUGCUGUGUGUGUCAUAGCACUGGGCCGGAGCGCACUUUCUACUGCUUUCAGUAUUUCUGUUUUCCAGAGAAGCGCAAUUUACGUCAGAUAAACACUUGGGCAUGCAGUGCAUGACUCAGGCUUGUUUUUUUUUUUGUUUUGUUUUUUUAAAAAAAAAAAAAACCUUUAAACCAUUUUUGCUGCCCAAACCACAAGACACACCAAGUUGUCGAUGUAGUUUCCUUCCUUCUUGCUCUCACCAUCUGGAAUUCACAUGAUCAUCUGUUUUUUUUUUCUUUACCAGGCAAGUUUCUUAUUAAUUAGCUAAGAUGUGAUGCGUCUGUUUUUUCUCCACAGAGUACAGUAAUUAAAAGCCUUGUAAUUAAUGAUGGAUGUUGCAGGUUCGGCAUGUGUGUAACACCACCAGUCAAAAGUUUUUGCACACCACAGAUUUUCACCACUUUUCCAGUUUUUUUCACAAGCGGCAAUUUUUUUAAUUCUUCAUAAGC